AUGGCCACUUCUAGUAUGCUGGGACACAUACUGGCCUUAUGCAAGUGGGCCAUGACAGGUGCCUGGAUUAUGGCAGGUAGUUGGAAUAUAUGGCUAGCCAGCUUUCAUGCUGGUAUUAGUGGGCCAGAUGGAUCACAGCCUCCAGGAUAUUUCCAGUGGAUCAGAAAGCAUGCUAGUGGGAUUCUAUUGGGCUGGUAUGACUUCCUGACAUUUCCAGUUAGCUGGGUCAGAUCCCAUGUUAUUGCCAGAUGGAUCACAAACUCCAGGCUAUUUGCAGUGGUUCAGAAGGCAUUCCAGUGGGAUGGUAUUGGGCCAGUAUAUGUUCCAGCCAAAUCCAAUCAGCUGGUGGGCUGGCACAGGUCCAGGGCUGGUGGCAGUUGUUUGGCAUCAAUUCUGAACCAACUCCAGUUGGCCAGGAUGGAUGACACCCCCCAGGCUAUUUACAGUGGGUCAGAAGGCACUCCAGUGGGAUUCUAUUGGGCUGGUAUAUGUUCUGGCCAAGUCCAGUCAGCUGGGCCAAAUUCCCAGUCAAUGACUGUAACCCAGGACACAUACUGGCCUUAUGCUAGGGGACUGGGACAGAUGCCCAUCCUAUGGUGGUUGAUUGGCAUGGAUGCCCAGUUAAGGCUGCUUAAUGUUACCAGUGUAGAUGAUGGGCUAGUCUUUUGGCAUCCUCUGGCAAAUGCAUGA